AUGUCUACUAAUACUAUAGGUUGGACAAUUGAUGAUUGGAAAAAUUUUCAUUUCAAUUCUACACCAGAUAAAUCUUUUGAUUUAUUGAUUAAUUUAUUAAAAUCUCAAAAAUCAUCACCGGAAGAUCCUGCUUGGAUAUCAUUAGCUUCCACUGACAAUUUAAAACAUCAAUGGGAUUUUUUACAAUCAAAGUCAAACAAAGAAAAAUUACCACUUUAUGGAGUUCCAAUUGCAAUUAAAGAUAAUAUAGAUGUGAAAGGAUUUGAAACUACUGCUGCAUGUCCUUCAUUUGCUUUCUUUCCCGAGAAAGAUGCAACCACAGUCAAAUUAUUAAGAGACGCUGGUGCAAUAAUUAUAGGUAAAACUAAUUUAGAUCAAUUUGCAACUGGAUUAGUGGGGACCAGAUCUCCAUAUGGUAUAACUCCAAAUACAUUUAAUGAUAAAUAUGUAAGUGGUGGAUCAUCAGCUGGUUCAGCUUCAGUUGUUGCAAGAGGUAUAGUUCCAAUUUCAUUAGGUACUGACACUGCAGGUUCAGGUAGAGUACCAGCAGCAUUAAAUAAUAUAAUUGGAUUAAAACCAACAAAGGGAGUAUUUUCUUGUUCAGGUGUAGUACCAGCAUGUAAAUCAUUAGACUGUGUUUCAAUUUUUUCAUUAAAUUUACAAGAUGCUCAAUUAACUUUUAGUCUAAUGGCUCAAGAAGAUGGUGAUAAUGAUGAAUAUUCAAGUUCAAUGCCAAUUAGUCCAUUAUUGAAAUUCUCGAAAAAGCCAAAAAUUGCAGUACCUACAAAUUUAAUUUGGUGCGGUGAGACUGAAAAUCCAACAUUAUAUAAUAAAGCAGUUGAAAUUUUGAGUGACAAAGUUGGUGCAGAGUUAGUAUCAAUAGAUAUACAACCAUUACUUGAUUUAGCUAAAUGUUUAUAUGAAGGUCCUUGGGUCACUGAAAGAUAUGUUGCCAUGAAAGAUUUUUUAGCCACAAAUCCACCAUCAAAAGAUUUAGAUCCAACAGUACUCAAAAUUAUAAAAGGUGGUGAAAAUUAUACAGCUGCAUCAUGUUUUGAAUAUGAAUAUAAAAGACAAGGUAUACUACAAAAAGUUAAAAAAUUAUUAAAAGAUAUCGAUGUUAUAGUUGUACCAACUGCACCAUUAAAUCCAACUAUUGAACAAGUACAAAAUGAACCAAUAAAAGUAAAUUCAUGUCAAGGUACAUAUACAAAUUUUGUAAAUUUAGCAGAUAUGUCUGCAUUGGCUAUACCAGCUGGGUUUAGAAAAGAUGGUCAACCAUUUGGUAUUACUUUAUUAUCUCAUAAAUUUAAUGAUUAUGCAUUAUUAGAAUUAGCAAGCCGUUAUUUAAAACCAUAUGCUGAAACAGUUCCACAUUUUUAUGGAUCAAUAAAAGAUAAAUUAAUUGAUUCUACAAUCCAUGAUGAAUUAAAUUCAAAUGUACCUUCCUUGAAACCACAAGAACAAAUAAAAUUAGCAGUAGUUGGAGCUCAUCUUGAAGGUUUCCAAUUGCAUUGGCAAUUAGAAGCUGUUGACGCAAGAUUUGUUGAAUCAACCACUACAUCAUCAAAUUAUAAAUUAUAUGCAUUACCUAAAACUGGACCAGUUGCAAAACCAGGAUUGAGAAGAGUAAUUGAAGGUGGAAAUAAAAUAGCUAUUGAAGUUUAUUCAAUACCGAAAGAAAAAUUUGGUCAAUUUAUAAAUUAUGUUCCAGAACCACUUGGUAUUGGAUCAGCAGAAUUGGCUUCAGGAGAAUGGGUAAAAUCAUUCAUUUGUGAAGAAUCAGGUUAUAAUGCACCAGGAACUGUUGACAUAACAUCAUACGGUGGUUGGAAAAAUUAUCAAGAACAUUUAGCUAGAGAAGAUGCAAAAUAUAAAAAACCAUUUAAUUCAGUUUUAGUAGCCAAUAGAGGUGAAAUUGCUGUAAGAAUCAUCAAAACCUUAAAAAAAUUAGGUAUAAAAUCAAUUGCAAUAUAUUCAGAUCCAGAUAAAUAUGCUCAACAUUCAUUAUUAGCAGAUGUUGCAAUCCCAUUACAUGGUACAACCGCUGCUCAAACAUAUAUUGACAUUAAUAAAGUUAUAAAAGCUGCUAAAGAUUCAGGAGCUGAAGCAAUUAUUCCAGGUUAUGGGUUUUUAUCAGAAAAUGCUGAUUUCUCAGAUCGUUGUGGUAAAGAAGGUAUAGUAUUUGUUGGACCUUCAGGUGAUGCUAUAAGAAAACUAGGUUUAAAACAUUCAGCUAGAGAAAUUGCUGAAAAAGCUGGGGUUCCAUUGGUUCCAGGUUCAGGGUUAGUUAAAGAUGCAAAAGAAGCAAGAGAAAUUGCUGCAAAAUUAGAAUAUCCAAUUAUGGUUAAAUCAACUGCUGGUGGUGGUGGUAUUGGUUUACAAAAAGUUGAUUCCGAGAAAGAUAUUGAAAGAGUUUUCCAAACCGUUCAACAUCAAGGUUUAUCAUAUUUUGGAGAUGCUGGUGUGUUUUUGGAAAGGUUUGUUGAAAAUGCAAGACAUGUUGAAAUCCAAAUGUUAGGUGAUGGUUAUGGUAAUGCUAUUGCUGUAGGAGAAAGAGAUUGUUCAUUACAAAGAAGAAAUCAAAAAAUUAUUGAAGAAACUCCUGCUCCAGAUUUACCAGAAGCAACAAGACAAAAAAUGAGAAAAGCAGCUGAAAGUUUAGGUGCAUCAAUGCAUUAUAAAUGUGCUGGUACUGUCGAAUAUAUAUAUGAUCCAAAAAGAGAUGAAUUUUACUUUUUGGAAGUCAAUGCAAGAUUACAAGUUGAACAUCCAAUUACAGAAAUGGUUACCGGUUUGGAUCUUGUUGAAUGGAUGUUAUUGAUUGCUGCUGAUACUCCACCAGAUUUUAAUCAAAAGAUUGAAGUUAAAGGUGCUUCAAUGGAGGCAAGAUUAUACGCUGAAAAUCCAGUUAAAGAUUUUAUGCCAUCACCAGGUCAAUUAACAGAAGUGAAAUUUCCAAAAUGGGCAAGAGUUGAUACUUGGGUUGAAAAGGGAACUGUUGUUUCAGCAGAAUAUGAUCCAACAUUAGCAAAAAUUAUAGUUCAUGGUAAAGAUAGAAAUGAUGCUUUGAAAAAAUUACGUCAAGCAUUAGAUGAAACUGUUGUUUAUGGUUGUAUUACAAAUGUUGAUUAUCUUAGAUCAAUUGCUAAUUCCAAGAUGUUUGAAGAAGCUAAAGUUGCCACAAAAGUAUUAGAUUCAUAUGAUUAUAAACCACAUGCUAUUGAAAUUUUAGCUCCUGGUGCUUAUACAACAGUUCAAGAUUAUCCAGGUAGAAAAGGGUAUUGGAAUAUUGGAGUUCCUCCAUCUGGUUGUAUGGAUCAAUAUUCUUUUAGAAUUGCAAAUAGAAUUGUUGGAAAUGAUAGUUCAGCCCCAGGUAUUGAAAUUACAUUAAAUGGUCCAAAAUUAUUAUUUCAUCAAGAUUGUGUAAUUGCAGUUACUGGUGGUAAAGCUCCAAUUGAUGUUAAUGGAAAAUCACAAAAUCAAUGGGAACCAAUAAACAUUAAAAGUGGUGAUAAAUUAGCAAUUGGUAAGUUAGAAACUGGAUGUCGUGCAUAUUUAGCUAUUAGAGGAGGUAUUGAUGUUAUUGAAUAUUUAGGAUCAAGAUCAACUUUUGCAUUAGGUAAUCUAGGUGGCUAUAAUGGUAGAGUAUUAAAAUUAGGUGAUGUCUUGUUUUUAGGACAACCAGAAAUUUCAAGUUGUACAUUACCAAGUCCAAUUUCAUCACCAACUAAAAUUCCAACUUCAUUGAUACCAAAUUAUGAUAAUAAAAUAUGGAAAGUUGGAGUUACAUGUGGACCUCAUGGAUCUCCAGAUUUUUUCAAAUCAGAAUCAGUUGAUGAAUUUUUUUCAUCUACUUGGAAAGUUCAUUAUAAUUCUAAUCGAUUUGGUGUAAGAUUAAUUGGACCAAAACCAAAAUGGGCAAGAUCUGAUGGUGGAGAAGCAGGUUUACAUCCUUCAAAUACUCAUGAUUAUGUUUAUUCAAUGGGUGCAGUAAAUUUUACUGGUGAUGAACCAGUGAUAUUAACUUGUGAUGGUCCAAGUUUAGGUGGAUUUGUUUGUGAAGCUGUUGUUGCAGAAUCUGAAUUAUGGAAAAUUGGUCAAGUUAAACCUGGUCAAUCUAUACAAUUUGUACCUAUAACUUAUGAUACCGCCAAAAUAUUAAAAUCUCAACAAGAAGAAGAUAUUAAAACUUUAAAAGGUGAUUUACCAAGUUUAGAAGGUAAAUCUUUACAAAAACCAGAAAAUCCCGUACUAUACAAAUUAAAAGUUUCUGAAAACGCACCAACUGUAACUUAUCGUCAAGCGGGUGAUAGAUAUAUUUUGGUUGAAUAUGGAGAUAAUAUUUUAGAUUUAAAUAAAGCUUAUAGGAUUCAUAAAUUAGUUGAAAUGGUUAAAGGAUUUAAACCAAAAGGAAUUUAUGAAUUAUCACCAGGUGUUAGAUCCGUUUUAGUUGAAUAUACUGAUGACAUAUCUCAAAAAGAAGCUUUAAAUAUUUUAGUUUCAUAUGAAAAAGAAAUUGCUUUCAUUAAUAAAUGGGAAGUUAAAUCAAGAAUUAUAAAAUUACCAAUGGCUUUUGAAGAUAAGAAAACAUUAGAUGCAGUUAAAAGAUAUCAAGAAACUAUUAGAAGUGAAGCCCCAUGGUUACCAAAUAAUGUUGAUUUUAUUGCCAAUAUAAAUGGUAUAACAAGAAAUGAUGUAAAAGAUAUGUUAUAUACUGCAAGAUUUUUAGUCUUAGGUUUAGGUGAUGUAUUUUUAGGAGCUCCAUGUGCUGUACCAUUAGAUCCAAGACAUAGAUUUUUAGGUACUAAAUAUAAUCCAUCAAGAACUUUUACUCCAAAUGGUACCGUGGGUAUUGGUGGUAAUUAUAUGUGUAUAUAUACUAUGGAAUCACCAGGUGGAUAUCAAUUAGUUGGUAGAACUGUACCAAUAUGGGAUAAAUUAACUAUUGGUGAUCAUUCUCAAGAAUCAAAAAAUCCAUGGUUAUUAUGUCCUUUUGAUCAAAUUGAGUUUUAUCCAGUUGAAGAAUCCGAAAUAGAUAAAUUUUCCGAAGAAAUGAAUGCAGGUAAAUUUAAAGUUGAUAUUGUCGAUUCUGUAUUUGAUCAUGGUAAAUAUUUACAAUGGAUUCAAGAAAAUUCUGAAUCAAUUGAAAAAUUCAAACAAGCUCAAGGUGGUGAAAAAUUAGAAGAAUUUAAUAAAUUAAUUCAAAUUUCAAAUUCUGAAUUAGAAAAAAAUGGUAGUAAAAUACAAGAAGAUGAAAAAUUCGAUGAUAAUGCAGAAAUGGUUUAUUCUGAAUAUUCAGGUAGAUUUUGGAAAUCUUUGGUGAGCGUAGGUGAUAAAGUUGAAAUAAAUCAACCAUUAGUAGUUGUUGAAGCUAUGAAAACUGAAAUGGUUGUAAAUGCUACAAGAGCAGGUAAAGUAUUAAAAAUCUAUCAUAAAAAUGGUGAUAUGGUUGAUGCUGGUGAUUUAGUUGUUGUAUUAGAAUAG